UCCAGGAUCCAAACCACCGCAGCCACCACAAUGGCGACGGCCAAGUACAACUUCAAGAGCAUCACCGUGGUGCCGACGUACAAGGAGUUCGUGGACAUUAUCCUCUCGAAGACGCAGCGGAAGACGCCCACUGAGGUGCACAAGCACUACAAGAUCAGCCGCAUUCGCAGCUUCUACAUGCGCAAGGUGAAGUUCACGCAGCAGAACUUUCACGACAAGCUUGAGGGCAUCAUCACCGAGUUCCCCAAGAUUGAGGAAAUCCAUCCCUUCUUCGCCGACCUGAUGAACGUGCUCUACGACAAAGACCACUACAAGCUCGCGCUGGGCCAGCUGAACACCUGCAAGCACCUGAUCGACAAUGUGGCUCGCGACUACGUCCGCCUGCUGAAGUACGCCGACUCGCUGUACCGCUGCAAAAUGCUCAAGCGGGCCGCCCUCGGCCGCAUGGUCACCGUCAUGAAGCGGCAGGCGGAGAACCUGCAGUACCUGGAGCAGGUCCGCCAGCACCUCUCCCGCCUGCCCUCCAUCGACCCAAACAUGCGCACCCUGCUCGUUUGCGGCUUCCCCAACGUCGGCAAGUCCUCCUUCAUGAAUGCCAUCACGAGGGCGGACGUCGAGGUGCAGCCGUACGCCUUCACCACCAAGUCGCUGUACGUCGGCCACACCGACUACCGCUACCUCCGCUGGCAGGUCAUCGACACGCCCGGUAUCCUCGACCACGCCCUGGAGGAGCGCAACACCAUCGAGAUGCAGUCCAUCACGGCGCUGGCGCACAUCCGCUCCACCAUCGUCUACCUGAUGGACGUCAGCCAGCAGUGCGGCUACUCGGUGGAGGACCAGUUCAGCCUGUACCGGCACAUUAGGCCGCUCUUCGCCAACAAGCCCAUCGUCGUGGUGGUCAACAAGACCGAUGUGAAGCGCGUGGCGGACCUGCCGCCGGAGCAGCAGGCGCUCUUUGAGGCGCUGAAGGCGGAGGAGGGCGUCACCCUCCACGAGAUGUCCACCGCCCUCUCUGAGGGGGUGAUUGAGCUGCGCAAUGAGGCCUGUGACCUGCUGCUGGCGCAGAGGGUGGAGUACAAGAGCAAGUCGAAGCGGUCGGAGGAGAUCACCAGCAGGCUGCACAUUGCCCUGCCGCAGCCCCGGGAUGAUAAGGAACGACCGCCCUGCAUCCCCGAGGCCGUCCUCCGCCGGAAGCUGGCCAUGGAGGUGCCCGAGCACUCGGAGGCCUUUGACCACCGCGUCAAGUACAGCGGCAAGCGGAAGCUGGAGAAGGACAUUGAGGAGGAGCUCGGCGACGACUACGUCCUCGACCUGAAGAAGAACUUUGACCUGGCCAACCCUGAGGAGAAGUACGACGUCGUGCCGGAGCUGUGGAACGGCCGCAACAUUGCCGACUUUAUCGACCCGGCGAUCGAGGAGAAGCUGGCGGCCCUGGAGCGCGAGGAGGAGGAGCGCAUCAACUCGGGAUACUACGACUUUGACCUGGGCAGCGACGAUGAGGACCUGGAGGAGGUGCGCAGCCUGGCGAAGGCAAUUCGCGAGAAGAAGGGCAUCCUCAAGUUUGAGCAGCGGAUGAAGCAGACGAACAAGCCGAAGAUGCCCAGGGUGGUCGUCAAAAAGAGAGAACGCAGCCUGGGCCGUCUGCGCAGCGAGCAGCGCGACCUGGGCGUGGACAUUGACAGCGACGAGGAGGGCAACCACUGGGACGAGUCGCUGGACCAGGGCGUGCAGCAUCCGCCCCUGAAGAAGAUGAGGACUGAUGAGGAGGGCCGCGUCCGCUCCAGCUCGACGAUGCCGCGAAACCGCCUGGGAGUGAAGAAUGAGAAGAUGCGCGCCAAGGUGGUGAAGCUGGGGAAGAAGACGCAGGAGAACAAGUUCAACAAGAACGCGAAGAAGGGCGAAUCCGACCGGCACAUUCCCACCUCGAAGCCGAAGCACCUGCUCGCCGGCAAGCGAGGCAUGGGCAAGACGAGAAUUUGCAGAUUCGAUUUUGGGGGCGACGAUCUUCUCGGAUGGGGUUCGGAUAAAUCGGGCAAUCCAAG